GAGGAAGGCCCGCCAGGCGAAGGCUCGGCGAAUCGCCCCCCCGCCCGGGGUUUCCAUUCGACCUAUCGUGAGGUGUCCGACCAUCAGAUACCACAAAAAAGUUCGUGCUGGUAGAGGCUUCAGCCUGGAGGAGCUUAAACUCGCUGGCAUUAACAAAAAGUUUGCCCGGACUAUUGGAAUCUCUGUAGAUCCCCGGCGCCGCAACAAAUCUACUGAGUCCCUGCAGGCCAACGUGCAGAGGCUGAAGGAGUACCGCUCCAAGCUCAUCCUCUUCCCCAGGAAGCCGGCGAUGCCCAAGAAGGGAGACAGCUCUGCUGAGGAGCUCAAGAUGGCGACUCAGCUGACUGGACCAGUUAUGCCGAUCAAGAACGUUUUCAAGCGGGAGAAGGCCCGUGUGAUCACGGAAGAUGAGAAGAAC